ACCCCUCAAAGUCUCCAUUACUGGACGUGUCUCCGACACUGGGCAUGCUGCCUGUAGAGCUCAUACGUGAGAUCAUCUUCUGUUAUGUCGACGACGCUACGCCCGAGAAGCCAACCGGCCUGGUCCACCCUCAUCUCUCGCACGUCUGGUUCGAAGAUAGAUCAAAGGCGUAUUCACAAUCCUUCUCUUCGCUUAGCCUGGUGUCGAAGGUCUUUCGUGAGAUUGCUUUGCAAGCGUGGUUUCAAACCUUCGCAGUGCGUAGACCUAAAGUACAUCUGACGGGUUUGUCGACCAUACCAGGAGUGGCGCAAUGGACAAGGGUAGUGCACUGGGUUAAUCCAGCCAGUGUCAAGUUAGGGCUGUUGCUCGGGCACUUCUCUUCUAGGCGGGGUCUCAUGGCGUUCAUCCGUUUACGCAAGUUGCGAAUCGACGCGUUUCCCUCUGAUCACUCCCACAUCCUCCUGGAGAUGUUCGAGGAGCUACCGCUCACUGUGGUUGAGCUGGAGCUUCGGUACCUUGAGUGGCCGAGUCCGCAGCAGCUCGUUCCUGCAGCGACACUUCUGCCAAAUCUACGCGUUCUGGACAUGCAUCAAGAACACGCGUGGUGCAGCCUCUGCAAUACGUGCAAUGUGUUGCGUCUCAAGGACGAUCCAGUCUCUAUCACGUAUACCAAUGGUGAUGGUCUCCCUAAACUGUACAAUCGCUACCUGGCACCUUUAUCACAUCUGCGCACCGUGCGCUUAAGUGCUGCAUAUACUCUUGACCUGUCCGUCGGCGUCGGUUUGCAGGACCUGAAGACGCCAUGGCGAGGCGAGUGUGGCGAGUGCACUUCGCUGCACCUCACCGACGAAAGUUUCGUGUCGGACUGGGAGGCCAAAAACAAGGAGGAGCCGCAUCCGCCCUCCCUGUGUGAAGUCACCUGGACAUUUGCGCUCGACCAGGAGGAAGAAUCCUCAGACUCGGAGAGACCCAGAGAUAUUGAAAACGAAUACGAGGACGACUUUUGGAUGGAAGUGGACCACGAUGACUCGGACAAUGACAGUGGGGACAGUGGGGCCAGCGGCGAUGAAAAUUGA